AUGGCGACUGUCACCAUCCCCGCCGCUAAGGCGUCGCUCGCGCCCGUCGCGCGCAGCGAGAACAAGUCGGCAGGCGCCGCGAAAGUCGGGUUUGCUUCGUCUGGCCUUGCUGGAGCUCGCCUCACCACCAAAGCGCCUCGCGCCGCCAAGCAGGCUGCUACUAACGCCAGACCCGCCGCUCCUCGCGCCGUGAUUGACUCCAGCGGCGCCAAGGAUGUCUGCAUGGACCCUGACGUCAGCCAGAGCGUUCUCGGAAUCAUUCUCGGCGGUGGUGCCGGCACUCGCCUCUACCCGCUCACCAAGAAGCGCGCCAAGCCCGCCGUGCCUCUGGGCGCCAACUACCGCCUGAUCGACAUCCCCGUUAGUAACUGCAUCAACAGCAACAUUGUGAAGAUCUACGUGAUGACGCAGUUCAACUCGGCGUCACUCAACAGGCAUCUGUCGCGCGCGUACACGAGCAACAUGGGUGGUUACAAGACGCAGGGUUUCGUCGAAGUGCUCGCAGCGCAGCAGAGCCCCGAGAAUCCCAACUGGUUCCAGGGCACGGCGGACGCGGUGCGGCAGUACCUGUGGCAGCUGGAGGAGCAGAACGUGCAGGAGUACCUCAUUCUGGCCGGAGACCACCUGUACCGCAUGGACUACCAGCGCUUCAUCAAGUGCCACCGCGAGAACGACGCCGACAUCACCAUCGCCGCGCUGCCCAUGGACGAGAAGCGCGCCGAGGCCUUCGGGCUCAUGAAGAUCGACGACACGGGAAGGAUUGUUGAGUUUGCGGAGAAGCCCAAGGGGGAGGCCCUCAAGGCCAUGCAGGUCGACACCACGAUCCUGGGGCUGGACGCGGAGCGCGCCAAGGAGCUGCCGUACAUCGCGUCCAUGGGCAUCUACGUCAUCAGCAAGGACGCCAUGAUCCGCAUGCUCGCACAGGACUUCCCCGACGCCAAUGACUUCGGCUCUGAAGUCAUUCCCGGCGCGUGCGCCAAGGGCGCCAAGGUGCAAGCGUUCCUGUACGACGGGUACUGGGAAGACAUUGGAACCAUUGAGGCCUUUUACAACGCCAACCUCAGCACCACGCAGCCCGACUCGCCCUUCAGCUUCUACGACCGCUCUGCACCCAUCUACACCCAGGCGCGCUACCUGCCGCCCUCCAAGCUGCAGAGCGUGGACAUCUCAGAGAGCGUCAUCGGAGAGGGGUGCAUCAUUGAGGACUCGCAACUACACCACUCGGUGAUUGGCCUUCGUGCCAAGAUUGGUGCAGGGUCCAUCAUCAAGGACACGCUGGUCAUGGGCGCUGAUUACUACGAGACGGAGGACCAACAGGAUGCGCUCCUAGCCAGUGGCGGUGUGCCGAUUGGCAUUGGGAAGAACGUGGUGAUUCAGAAGGCCAUUAUCGACAAGAAUGCGCGCAUCGGGGACAACGUGCAGAUCAUUAACAAGGAUCAGGUGGAGGAGGCAGCCCGGGAGACGGACGAGACAAGCUCUUCGCGCUAUGUUCUCGUCGCAUGGAUCGCAGACGGGAGCGUGUACGCGACGGACCGGUUCAUCUUCAAUAAGUCGGUGGAAGGCGUCGCAUUGGACGACCAGCAAGACUGGCGCGUGCUGGGCGGUUUUCAAACCACCGACCAAACCACGGGCGACACGUGGACCACCGUGCACGUGUGGCGAAAGCUGGACACCGGCGACUGCAACGACCGCCCCGUUGUCGCGGGGCGACUGCAAAACGUCAUCUGGGGAAAGGGCGAAACCAGCGAAUUUGGUUACCAUGGGACGUCAUCUCGUGGCUCCGCGGCGCUCGUGCUGGUCCCCGCGCCAGCCCCCUCCAUCCUUGCGCCCCCGUCGCCCCCUUCCGCCUCUUCCGCGUCCGCGGAAUCGGGCAGUCAGCGCGCCGCGGAUCUCGGGCAGGCGAACGGGCAGGUGAACGGGCAGGAGCAGCAGCUGAACUGGACUCUGAACAACUUCGCGGUGCCUGCUAAUAACGACACGACUUACGUGUGCAAGACGUUUGACCUGCCAUUCACCAACAAGGUGCAUAUAACAGAGUUCGGUGUGCUCCUCAACUCCACCUACCCGCCCUCCGUCCACCACGCCAUUGUCUAUGGCUGCUCGCAGUCGGAAUACCCAAAUAUUGCCAAGGCCAAGGGUCAGUUUGACUGCAUCACAGCGCCCCCGCCCUGCCUCACAACCAUUGCCAUGUGGGCCAUAGGCGGCCGCCCCUUUCUCUACCCCGAUGGGGUGGGCUACCCUGUGGGGCCCGGUUACUUCACCAGAUUCGUGCUCCAGGUGCACCUGAACAACGCUGAUCUCCGCUCCGACAUCGUCGAUAACUCGGGGUUCUCCCUCAAAAUCGCCGACCCGCCUCGCCCCACGGACGCGGGGAUCAUUCUCACAGGCCCGGUCGAUUACACCAACCUCAUCCGCAUUCCCCCCGGCAUGCCCUCCUGGACGCAAACCACCACAUGCCCUGGCGCGUGCACGAGUGCUCUUUACACGGAUGCGUACCGGGGAGGGAAGAAGGUUGCUGAGAUUGAUCGGCUGGAUUACUAUAAUUCCAAUUCACAGCAAGUGCAGCCCAUCUACCCGCACUACCAGCUGUUGCCAGGGGACGAGCUCAAGACCACGUGUGUGUGGGACUCCACUUCCCGCUCCCAGGUGACACCUGGCGGCCCAUCCACGAGUGAUGAGAUGUGUGUAGAUUACCUCAUCUACUAUCCUGCCAGGCCGACCCAAGUGCUCGGUUCGUGCUUUGACUUCUGUGCGGCAUUCAACAGUGUCAACAACACAUUUGACAUGAACCCCAAGAACCCCAACCUCACCACAUUCUACUUCUGUGGUGGCCUCGAGAACCCCUACGUUCCCACCGCAAACAAGUGUAGCAUUAGCCAUGGUGCCAACGUGCCUUUCAAGGUUCUCACCGGCUGCCCUGCUAAGACUGCAGGCUCGUUGGCUACCCUCUCAAGCAGCAACAUUUCUGUGCCCGUGUCAUCACCCACUAGCAGCACUGCUCCACCACCUCCCACUAGCCCUUCCAGCAACUCAACUGGAAGCACCAACUCUACCAAGGCUGCUACAGCCUUGUUUGCCAAGCUGUCGUUGGGUCUCUUUACUGUCUUCUGCACUCUUUUUGCGUCCAUGUAG